GUCAAAUUUUUGUCGAAGCAUGAAUCACUCAAUGUGGCAGCAGCUACUAUUACUUUGUGGCAUGCAUCAUGUGUAUGGAGUUUCCAGGACCUGCCUGCCCUACCUCCAUUGGAAUGGGCGCGCGUGAGUUUGGCCCUGUGACGCAGAUUCAGACGGAGACAAGUACGCAAAAAAAAAAGUAAAUGCCUGCAAGCAAACUAACAACUGCCACAGACUGAGGCAGCUGCUGCUGCUGCUUCUUCUACUUCUGGUGGCAUUGUCCUUGCUACUGCUGUCAUCUGCGAGGGGUGGUUUAUACUCGACGUUGUCUGCGCCGCGUUGUUGCUACACUCGAAGAAAUUGAGAUUAAUUGAAUUUGGCUGCUUUGAACAAUCGAUUGAAAUUUCCUCGACUCAUUUGGGCACAAGAAAAGAAAAAUAAAAAAAAUGAAUAUGAACAGAAGACAAAGUUCAUCACCGCUGAUGCUGAUUGGAUGCAUGCUGUUGGGAUUGCUGCUGCAGCUGGCCACACCGAUUGGGGCACAUGUGCAUCCCGUGUUCACAUACAAGAACGCCUCCACGCAGCUGGGUCAACUAGUGACGUCGGACACGCUGGUGUGGGAGACCUACGAUCCAAAUAGUGCCAAUCAGUUGCAAUCGGCUGUCGAGGGUGGCAAAUAUCUGACGGAGGACGAACACUAUCCGAUCUAUGUGUGUCGAGUGACCAUCGAUGGUGUGCCCACCUCUGGUCACACCGAGAAGCGGCAGCAGCGUCACGUCUGCGUCGCCGCCCUCUACAAACACAGCAUCAAUGCGAACUUCGAUGUGCUCCUGAACAAGGGGCAUUUGGGCAAGAUUGCCUGGAAACGUUGGCGCAAAUAUAAUAUUGGUGUGCCCAUCGGCGCCAUUCGCAUUGCCGAUGAAUCCUACAUUGCUCGCCAUCGGGCCACUGUCCACAAUCCGCCGACUGCCGAUGGCACUCAGCUGACGACAUCGCAUCACGGUGCUGACUACAAUCUGGGCAGACUGGAUGUGUUUGGGCUCGGCAAGAUCAAGGUCGUUGAAAACGAGCACGAAAAGACCUAUGAGGACGGUGAAGUACUCGUCGAAACGGAGCCCAUUAGAUAUGAGCUGCGCGGCAUCAAGCUCGAUAGCCUGCGCACCUCUCUAACCGAGAACAUCACUGAACUGGCAAAUGGCAUACUGGAGAAUCGUGGCGACACCUACGACACCAUGGAGAAGGUGAUGAGCUACAGUUUCGAUACGAUACAAUAUUGGGGUUCGCAUGAGGGCGUUGCCAAAGGACUACAAACCAAGGUCUUUGAGAAGAAUGUUGAAACACCGACGGAGAUCCAUUGGGCAUUGAAGCGUGGUGAGAAACGGCACGAGAACAAGGCCGUCUACAGUAAACUCUGGCCGGGCACGGCCAUCAAUGUGACACUGCGUGGCAACUAUGUGACCCUCUAUGCACCCUACACAGCCAAGUUGUCGGCCUUCUACGAUGACAGCGAGAGCGUCUCGCGCAAUAUUAGCGCAGAGGUUACCAAAAAAUACUUGAAGGAUGUGAAAAUGGAAUUCAGUCCCGUAUAUUGGAUUGAGAAUGGUACAAUGGUGCCGACAACAACCACAACAUCAACCACAUCGACGACGACAAAUCCAACUACGACAAGCACCAGCACCAAUGAACCGACGCCCAUCAAUGAGCCACCGUUGGUCCGCUUGGAGCAUUUGGGUGAACAACAUUCUGGGCCCGAUUCGCUGGAAAAGACGCUCAGCGAUUCGACGGCAACCAAUAAUAAUGAGAUCGGCUCGAGUGAUGCGCCCGAGAAUAUGUCCAGCAAGGAUGCAGCGCUCGCUGGCUUCGGUGGCAUGGCCGACAACAGCGGCGGCGGUAGCAACAACAAGAAUUUGGCGACUAGACUCGCUGUUGCAGCAGCCACAUUCACAUUGACGCUAUUAAAUCUGUAGAUGGGGAAUCGAUGGCCGGGGCCAAAGCAAAGGGUCUCCCAAUUAGCAUAGCGUUUAAUUGUUGUUGUUGUACCUGUUGUACCCGUCUUUGAGAGAAUUGUGUGU